AUGUUGCAAGAUAUCAAAACCAAACAGCAAUUUGCUUCCGCUUUGCAAUCGCAAUACCAGUCCUCGGAAACUGGCUCCAGAAAGACUGCAACUGGGGUUAACCCUGACGCUUCAUCAAGAACCAAGAUCCAAUCUGAAGCAAUGGACAUGGCUUCCAACAUUGGGUUGGGUAACAAGAGCUCCUCUUCUUCGGGCCAACAAGACCACGUCAUUGUCGUUGAUUUCUUUGAUGAUUGUGACCAUUGCUCUCAAAUGAAUUCCAAGUUGGAUGAGUAUUCCAACUGGUACCAAAAUCAAGCCAAACCGGUUGAUUUUUACAAGGUGAACAUCGAUGAUAAGGAACUGAAGUCGUUUGCUAGUGAAUAUUCGAUUAAUUCGAUCCCCACGACUUUGUUUUUCAAGAGGGGUAAAUUGGUUGAUAAAGUUGUUGGAUCUGAACCUGCUGAAAUCAAAAAGGUUUUGGAUAAAGAUUUGUUGUAG